CUCACCUAAGAGCGUUGGUUGUGUUUUUGAGUUUUUCUCUUCUUACGCCUGCAGAUCCAUCUUCCAACAAAUUUCUCUUGAUAUUUCCCCACCUUCUUCACCAACCACCACGGUUUUCCUGUAGUGAAGACAAUGUAUCCUAGACUAAGUCCCAAUACCAGUCCAUGCCCAUAGCCCGCCAAUGCAAACUUCCACUCAAAGAGUGCCGCAGAGUCACCUUUUUCAUCAAAUUGUGAUGGAGGUGCUCCUUGUUCCUCCUCUUUGUGGCAUUUCUUUGUCAAUGGAAAUCCACACAACCCAGAGUUCCCAAUGUAGGAAUCAUUUGAGAAUGUAUUGAACUGCUUCCCUUGAGGAAUGUCACCUUCAAGUUUGUUGUGUGAAAGCUUCAAAACUAAAAGGAAUGUCAAACUUGUCAGCUCCUCAAGAAUCCUACCAUCAAGCUUGUUUGACGAGAGAUCUAGUGAGUGAUUCAAGCUCUGUCAUUUUCCCCAGAAAUGAUGGAAUUUGACCGGUGAGACUGUUGUGAGAGAAGUUUAGCAAAUGAGGUGAAUUGAGUUCUCCCAGCUCUUCAGGAAUGUGUCCCUGGAAUCUAUUACUUGAAAAAUCAAUAGUUGAGAAAAUUGUCAGGAUUCUCUUGAGCUCCACCUUUAAACCUUUCACUAUUACUAUCGCAGAAUCAUCAUAGUAAUUAUCAAAAUGCAACAGCUACAAUGAUAAUUAACUAAUACACAAACAACAAAUGAACAGAAACAAGACCGGCCUGCCUAAAUUACUUUCCUUAUUUCUAUUACACUUUAACCGUAUCUCAUGACAAUAAGUACUUCUAUUAGUUGAUACAGGUCCACACGUAUAAAAGCAUCAAUGGGUGCACAGAACAAAAUGAGAAAGGAAAAGCAGGAAAUUGGGACACUAAAACAGGAAAUGUAGCUAGCUAAAAAAUAAGAAAUACUACAAAUAUAACUUAUAGAGUUACAGUAAAUUGAGGUUGUUAAAAAAUGUCAUUAUGAUGUUAGUGAAGUGCAAAGAGAAACUGUUAGAUUUUUGGUGGUAAAAAAAGGUGGACUGGUUAUGGAAGACAAUGUACCACUCUGUGACAAGGUGACUUUCCCCAUUUCUGCAGUGAUUGGCCAAAAACAUCAAAGGAGAAACUGUGAUGAAAUUAAUAAAACAUUCAAGAGGCUUUCAAAAAGAACAACUAAGAAUUAAAACAACUAAAAGAAGAGUGCUAAUCCCAUAAAGGCUAAAUGGAAAAUAAAAUUUAAAAAGCAACAGCAUCCAGGAUGAAUAGACAGCAACACAGUAU